AUGUUGUCUGUUUUUAAUGCCAGCAACGUUUCACAGGCUGACUCCCUCGAGGACAGUGGCAACUGGACGUGGGUGACCCAGUUCACCCAGCCAGGAUGGAGAAUUGCUUUGUGGGCUAUCACCUAUUCCUUCAUCGUUAUCACAUCCAUCGUUGGAAACGUCACCAUUAUCUGGAUUAUCCUUGCACACAGGAGAAUGAGGACCACUACCAACUACUUCAUCGUGAAUCUGGCUCUUUCGGAUCUGCUGAUGUCUGCUUUCAACACCAUCUUCAAUUUUAUUUAUGCCAGUCACAACGUCUGGUAUUUUGGCGAGGAAUUCUGCAGGUUUCAGAACUGGUUCCCCAUCACUGCAAUGUUUGUGAGCAUUUACUCCAUGACAGCUGUGGCUGCAGAGAGGUAUGUGGCAAUAAUUCACCCCUUCAAGCCCAGGCUCUCUGCUGCAAGCACCAGAGUCAUCAUUGGGAUAAUCUGGCUGGUGGCAUUUGGGCUGGCAUUCCCACAGUGCUUCUACGCCGAGAUCCUGAUGGACAACGGAACCACGAAAUGCAUCGUGGUCUGGCCUGACGACGCUGGAUCCAAGCACCAGCUCACGUACCACAUUGCCGUGAUCGUGUUGAUUUAUUUGCUGCCUUUAAUGGUGAUGUUUGUUGCAUACAGCAUUAUAGGAAUCACUCUGUGGAGCAGUGCAGUUCCAGGCAACCACCUCCACCGAGUCCGCUAUGAACACCAAGUUAAUGCCAAAAGAAAGUUUGUGAAGACCAUGGUGGUAGUGGUGAUCAUUUUUGCUGUCUGCUGGCUGCCCUAUCACAUAUACUUCAUCCUGGGGAGCUUUAAGGAAGACAUCUACCAGCAAAAGUACAUUCAGCAGGUGUAUCUUGCAGUCUUCCUCCUUGCCAUGAGCUCUACCAUGUACAACCCCAUCAUAUACUGCUGCCUUAACCAGAGGUUUCGUUCUGGUUUCAAGUUGGCCUUCCGGUGGUGUCCGUGCAUAAAAGCAACUGAAAAAGACAAACUUAAACUUACGUCCCCAUCCCUUUACCAGACAACCCACAGGAAGUCAAGAACAAGCAGUUUCGACACAGGAACUCAGGUGAAUGAGAAAGAGAAGAUAUCAUUUACCCUCACCCAACUAAAGCUCUGAUUUCCUCCUCCUGGUUCUGGCUCUAUCCUCACACACCAUGUCAGGGCAGCAGAUUUGCAGAAGCCCAAGGCAGAUCGUUUUUUCUGGGGCAACUGUUUCCUACAAGACUUCUUUAGAUGCCAUCAGCAUUAAAAGCAGCCUGCUGGUAAUACUUGUGUCCAUGUAGGUCCAAAUAUCACCCAGCUAUGGAUGUAAGUUUAGCUCUCCCAUACAUCAACAACUGCAAUACAGAACAGAGAUCAUGCCCAUGAGGUCAGAAGAGCAGCAGACCUGAGGCAGUGCCCAUCAGUGGAACAGCAAUUAUUCUCUUCCACAUAGUGAUCUCCUGCCUUCUCUUCCACCAAGACACUUAAAUCUGGAAAAGAGGUGCUGGAGCAGCAGCAGAGGUGCUGGGGCUCAUCUGGCCCAGUUUGGAUGGACCACCAGGGCUGUGUGGGCAGCUAAGUCCCAUGGCUCAGCAGCCCCAAGGCAGGUAAGACUGUGGAUCAAAGCUUGUUUAUAUCAAAGGCAAAUACUAACACCUCGACACUGAAAAAUCAGGCCUGCCCUGAAAAUUUUCUGAGUUCUGGAAUUUUCAUGCCUGCAAUUUCCCCAGCACUACCUCUCAUGAGUUAAAAAAGAGAGAAACAGUUCCUUAAGACGUCAUCAUUGCAUGGAUUUCUAUAACCUUGUACC